CGAUUCAAAACUAAACUCGUUGGGAAUAUAAAGGCGCGGCAGUGUGACGAGACAAAAUUAGUUCGCUGUAAAAUACUGAAAAGACUGGAAGAUUCUAAUUUCGAAAUUAUGAACGAAUCAUUACUGUUGUUGGUCGCAAUAGUUAUCGUUUGUCUCAGUGACACGGCAAAUGCAUUCACCUGCCCAAGCAAGGGGGUGUUUCCGAAUACCGAUUCGAACGACUGCACAACAUUUGUCAUUUGUGACUCCAGCUUGAAUCCUACAGUUCAACAUUGCAGUUGGAACACUUAUUUUUGGCCCGAAAAAAAUGGCUGUUACAGUGAGUACGAUUGCGCUUCGAAUUCUAUGCCUGGCAAUACGGAUCCCUGCGAAGGAUUUACCGACAAUUAUAUACCGGACAAAUCGUCAACGGACUGCACAAAAUACUUUGACUGCUUGGUGAUCAACUACAACAGUGAUGGUGGAUAUGAGCCGAUCUCGACGGUCAGGAGCCAACAAUGUUCGAGCGGAACAACUUUCCGGCCGGGCUAUGGAUGUACCACCAAUUACCAAUGUCUGAAUUAUGAAUGUACCAGUGAGGGGUAUUUUGAAAAUGCUAACGUCAAUGACUGUUCGACGUUCAUCUCAUGCACAAAACUUGUCGAUGGAACAACCGCUACGUCUAUAUUGUAUCCCGAAUUGCAAACCUGUCCCGGCAACAUGAAAUUCAAUCCAUUUAUAGGCAAAUGUGAUGCUUUCUACAAUUGCGACGGCUUUGAUCGCCAUGGUGGUGUCGAUCCUUGUCUCGAAUACAACUAUGCCAACCCUUACGUUCCGAAUCCAUAUGACGGCGACGCCUCGUCGUACUUGGUGUGUGAGGCGCCUCUCCCUGGCACUGACACAUAUGUGGGUGCCAUUGAACAAAGAGAAUGUCCAGAAGAGACCUUCUUUUCGCCCCUUCUGGGAAAAUGCUACAACAAUUACGACCAGACCGAAACUUGUUCGAAGGAUCCGUGCAGUAGUGGACCGGGUAGAUACGUCAAUUAUGAGUCGGGCCAUUGUGUCAGCUUUGUCGAAUGUCGAGAUGAGACCACGACUAGUGCUCUUUUUGAGCCGACUUAUGAGGUACGUUAUUGUCCGCCCGGUACACGAUAUUCACCUGAAACGUCGAAAUGUAAUCGAAAUUAUGUGUGUCCCACAUUUCCGGUGAAUUACUGUUAUCCACAAAUUCCAACGACUACAACCACAUCAACGACAACGACGCGACCACCGCUAGCUAGACCCUAAAGCCGGUGAGUUAUGAUGAUGAGAUAGUACAACUGAAGUUACCGAUUUUCGGAUGCUUUCUUUGUUCUACGGAAGAUGAGUUAAAUAAAAGUUUUUGAUUUACGAAAA